UUAACCCCAACACACACACACACAAAACGUGUUUAUUAGCAGAUGGUUGUAACUUGUAGCCACAGUUUUGUUGUUGCUCUGUGUUUCACGUGUGUGUAGAUGUGUGUGUUUGGACUCUCGUACUGGAUGUGAACAUAUGGUGAAGGCUGUGUGUGGAUAGUGGUCAGUCAUGGGUGAUUGGAGCUCGUUGGGGAAGUUGUUGGAGAGCGCUCAGGAGCACUCCACGGUGGUGGGGAAGGUGUGGCUCUCUGUGCUCUUCAUCUUCAGGAUCCUGGUUCUGGGAGCAGCAGCGGAGAAGGUGUGGGGUGACGAACAGUCGGGUUUCACCUGCGACACCAAGCAGCCUGGCUGUCAAAAUGUCUGCUAUGACCGCACCUUCCCCAUCUCACACAUACGCUUUUGGGUCAUGCAGAUAAUCUUUGUGUCCGUCCCCACGCUUAUCUACCUGGGACACAUCCUGCACCUGCUGCGCAUGGAGGACAAGCAGAAGCGUGCAGAUCGGGAUGGAGCUGGGAAAGAGGAGAAAGUGACCGCGACGAUUCGGGACGAACAGGGGAAGAUCAGGCUGCAGGGGGCGCUGCUCCGCACGUAUGUGCUCAAUGUCAUUUUCAAAACUCUGCUGGAGGUGGGCUUCCUGGUGGCUCAGUACUUCCUGUACGGCUUCGAGCUCAAGCCCAUGUACAUGUGCAGCAGCUGGCCGUGUCCCAAUACGGUAAACUGCUACAUCUCGCGCCCUACAGAGAAAACCAUCUUCAUCCUGUUCAUGCUCUCGGUUGCGUGUGUGUCACUCCUCCUGAACUUGGUGGAGAUGUACCAUCUUGGCUUCACCAAGUGUCGCCAGGGUCUCCGCUAUCGCCACUCCAUCUCUGACUCUUCCUCCAAAACACCUAGUGAGGAAGCUGUCAUUCCCUUUGUUGCCAGUUACCCCUAUUACCCUGCCCAUGCCCCGCCCCCUGAGCAUCAGUACAAACUCCCGGACACUGACGGCUCGUUUCCCGCGUAUGGCAGUCGCUCCGCCCACAAACAGAACCACGAUAAUCUUGCAGUAGAGCGCAUCACCACGGAGAUCAAACCCGAUCCUGCGGAAACCAAACCUGAUGAAGCCAGGGUGAAGAAAACCUCAAGCUCCGCCCCUGGAUCACCGUAUUACCAGCGCAGGCCAAGCUAUGCUAGCCGCUAUAGCAACAACAAGAGCAGACUGGACGAUCUGAAAAUUUGAGGAGCAGAAACAGCUACUGAUACAACAAUACACACACACACACAUAUACACACACAUAUACACACACACAA